UUUAUAGAUCUUGCACAAAGUGAAAACCUUUCCCAGUGCGUAGCAGAUAUCCAGAGCAAUGUGGACUACAGUUUUCCUCUCCAUCUCUCUUCUGAGCAUUUCAUCAGCUUGCAACCUACAUCCAUCAUCGUCCCUAGAGACUGGCAUUGUCUGCAGGGUGACAAAGCCAGCUGCUUUAGUACUCAAUGAGCAGACGGCACAGGUGAUCCAAGCUGCAUUCAAACAUGCAACAUUUCCAGACAUCACUGGAGAGAAGUCUGUCAGAUAUAUGGGGAAAGUAGCAUACAAUUUAUCCAAUAUAAAGGUCAGCAAUCUAACCAUCAGUAGUAGUGAUGUGGAUUUAAGAGAAGAUGAGGCUAUCAACAUCAUGAUCCGAAAUGUGAGCGCUACUUUCAGUGGGACUCUGAGCUAUGAACUUGGAGCUUUUUUUAUGACGAUUGAAAAUUCCAUCGACUUUGAAAUUUAUUCUUCCACAGAUUUGGAAGUGAACAACAAACUGACUUGCAGAAAUAACCGAAUUGCUGCUGAUACUUCUGAUUGUUACCUGACUUUUAAUGAAUUUCUUCUGCACCUCCAUGGAGACAAACAACCAGGCUGGUUAAUGCAGCUCUUCACGAAUUUCAUAUCAUUCACCGUAAAACUUGUAAUUAAAGGUCAGAUCUGUAAAGAAAUUAAUCAUGUGGCCAAUUUACUUGCACAUUUUAUUCAAGAAAGAGCUGAGGACUUCCUCAGUGAUGGAGAUAUUGGGGUAAACAUUGAUGUCACUUCUUUUCCUGUUAUAAAAGGAAGUUACAUGGAAUCUCAUCACAAGGGUCUUCUACGCUAUAAAAAUGUUUCUAGCUCCUUCAAUAGUUCCACAUUCUCUCCUUCCCUCUUAACUGACCACAAAAUGCUCUACUUCUGGUUUUCUGAGCAUGUGUUAAACUCUCUGGCGCUGGCCUCAUUCCUGGAUAAACGAUUGGUUCUGGAACUCAAAGGAGGUGACCUAAAGGAGAUACUGGAAAAAGAAUCCCAAUGGAAACCCCUACAACAGAUCUUCCAGGAAUCAUCUCUGGACAAUUCGUUGACUAGAGUGUGGAGUCUUACACCUCCCGAAAUCAGAGUCAUCCCAAAAGGAACCCUUGUAAUCUCAUCAGUUGCUGUACAACUCAAAACCUCACUGGAUGAAUCAGUUGCAACUUUAUAUUUUGAAGCAGAUGUUAAUGCCACUGUCCAGGCAUCAUUUGCUGACAAGAAACUGAUUCUGCAUCUAGUGGAUUCUAUAGUUCACAUCAAGGAGUGGAAAAGCUCUCUACUAAUACAUGAACAGAGCACAAUGAGACCUUUCCUACACAAAAUUGUGUCUUUAUGUGGAAUUCCUGCAGUUAUAAAACGUUUGGAGCCAGCAUUAACUUCGAUAAUGAACAGUAAACAACUUGAUCUGUUUACAAUUAUAAACCCGGAGAUAAUCCCGCAUGAGGGCUAUUUAGUAGUGCAGCUUGAUUUUGGAUUUCCUCAUCAUUUGCUUGUGGACUUCCUUAAAAGAUCCCUUUAGGACUCUACAGCUGGUUUUCAUAAACAAAUAAAAGAAUAUAAAUGAGCAUUUGAUAGAUAAAAAAUAAUUUUACUUGUAUGAUUGAAAAACACAUUUUUAUAAUAUGUACACUUGGGUCAUACUGUUGAUUCUCAAAAAAAUAUGAAAUGUUCAAAUAUGAAUUAAAUGUGAAUGAAUGUAUUAAAAUGUAGUUUUUUCACAAACACAUUUCAAAAUUACUUUUAGACUUAAUAAAAAACCCUAACAACA